AAGUGAGCUCGCGCGCUUGAAAAGGCGGGAGGGAGCGUCCGCCAUUUUGUUCACGAAGUCCCCUUCGCGUCGGACACUAGACCACUUCGCGCCGGCAGGAAACACAACUUUUUAAGCAUGGAUCACGCGUUUUAUGUGGUGCAGUCGCCACCGGAAGAUCCCACGAUAAGCCCGGAUUUUACAUAUAAGAUGUCUGAAGCCGAGCUGGUGAAGUUUGUGAGGUUACGUGCCGCCAACGACGCUCUCUUCACUGGAAAGAGGAACACGUCGGUCAUUGCUUGGAGGGCCAUCUUGAAGGAGAUGGGGAUCCACAGGAAGAUGUCAACCAGUCAGGCGAGAAAGAAAUGGGAAAAUCUCAAAAAGAAAUACAAGGAAAUGAAGAACCCUCCACCGGGCAUCACGGUGAACCCGACCAACUGGCAGUGGUUCUCCCUAAUGGAUGACGCCAUGGAGGGCCGGCUGAAUGACAGCGAGGCCAUGGUGUCCACCAUGUCUCUGGGCGAGGACAGCGAUUACCGUCCCGACAGACCCCGGAGACGAGGCCGCGAUGCGUUCCGCAGCGACAUCGAGCUCCUCGUCGACGGUGAAGACACUGGGCUCUCGGGGGACACGGGACGAGAGCUGGGCAGCGACCGAGACGACAUGGAGCAUGAGAGGGCGCUGCUCGACAGCGACCGGUCAGCUUUAGAGAGCGAGAGGAUGGUCCUGGAACGAGAGAAGAUGGUCCUGGAUAGAGAGAGAGCCGGGUUGGAGAGAGAGCUCGCCGCUCUGGACCGAGACAGGGCGUCUCUGGAGAGGGAGAAAGCUGCUGUGGAGCGGGACAGAGCCUCUGUGGAGCACGAGCGAGCUCAGCUGGAGAAGAAGAGGGCUGAGAUGGACAGAGAGAGAGCAAGGCUGGAGAGAGACAGAGCAGCACUGGAGAGACAGAGAGCAGGCUUCGGAGGAGGAGACAUAAUCGACAAUCAGGAGGCACCUGAGAAAGCGGCAGAGGGAGAAAUGGAGCUAGCGUCUGUACAGAGGAGACAGAAAUUCCUCGAUUUAUUCGAGAAGCUGAUUGAAAACUUUUGAAAAGUUUCUGAUGGAAGAAUCGGUGUCUUGUUAUUCUGAUGUGUACAUUUUUUUUUUUUUUGGGAAGAUGCUGUAUGUUUUUUUUGCUCAAAGGCUUUUUUUUUUUUUUUUUGUGGUAUCCUACUGAUGUGAACAGCAGACCCGGCCGAGACGCGUUCAGGGUCCAAGCUAGAGUUCUCCUCAGUCAGGCUGUCAAUGAAAAACGUUAAGCCACCUCUGUUUUGGAGAGGUCAUCCAAACAACUUUUAUUCAAUUGUGGUAUUUCCAUACAAAGCACAUCUCACCCUCACACAGUACAAAAGCUCUGAAGUGUUAACUUGAAGGCUCUUGCCCCGUGGACAAAACAAAAAAAGUAAAAAAAAUGUGUUUUUUUUUUGUUUUUUUUUUGGAUUAAUUCAUAUACCAAAUAUUGCAGUUCAUGUGGAUUUAAAAAAAAGAAAAAUCAGGAUUUACGUUUUUAUAUUAC